AUGUUCGAGUUAUCUCGCAGCCCAAUCAACUGGGGUCUCCAACAAUCCUGCAACAAUGACAUACUCAAUAUCCUUCACUCUGGCGAUAAGGAUCGUGCCAAAAGAGCGCCUCGAGAGAUAAUUGUCAGUGGCCAUACCCUGACUUACCCAAGCUUGUACCUCGAGCUCAUGGGCACCGCAUCGGUCAUUGAUGAUUGUGGCUCUCUAGGAGAGCUGGCCACUUCGAGGUUCGUUGCAGUCGCACCUGGGGACCUAUUCACGAUGACUGGGAGCGUCUCAAUGGGCGAUCAAUACAUCCCGGAUGGAUACGGCUAUGGCAAUAUCUCGGGACCUACCCUUUAUCCGCAGAAGAUCAACACAGUUGAUCUUGCCUGCCCAACAUUUGGUGUUGGGAAGGGCAUAUCCAGUGAUAGGUUUGGGACGGCCCAGAUCACUACUUUUGGCUCCCCUUAUCUCCCACUGAUCUCUCCGCCUCCUGAGCUAUUGAAUGCGAACUCGGCAUGGAGGAACCUCUGCGGAAACAAACUGUACCCACCUGACUUCAGACCUUUCGCUCUCUUCGAUCCCCCCCAUGGAUACCCCAUAUACACCUCUCUGCUGUCAAACGUAAAGCAGGCUAGUCCCAACGGCCCUCCUGACCCAGGCUUUAGCAAUUCCGCCCCUCCAGCAGCUGCCGCCAAGCAACGGGCCAACGAGAUGGUGCCACAGACUCUGGGCCCAUCUCUACCGUCGCCCUCGCCAUCGCAAGAUUCGACAACGAAUGACGAUCCUACUCCAGUGAAUAGCUCUAACAAUCCGGAUGCUGCAGAGGCUGUGAAUAGCCCGGCUCCAGGAAGCGAGGCGAACCCGGACCUUCAAUCGCAGGACCCGUCGUCCGCGAAUAACGAUCCUACUCCAGUGGAUAGCUCUAACAAUCCGGAUCCUGUAGGGGCUGGGAACAGCCCGGCUCCAGGAAGCAAGGCAUACCCAGAUCCUCAAUCGCAGGAUCCGUCGUCAGGCGAGGACUUCUCACGGACGUUCUUUAGGACGACUUCUCAGGGAGACACUGGAGAUCAUGGGGAUACGCAUGGCUCGGACACUAAAGCAGCAGAUAAGGAGCCAGAAGGAAGCGUCGCAAGCUCUGAUAAGAGCGCAGAGGGAGGCCCCAAUUCGGCUCAAGCCGAUCCAGGAGAUGGUGGGUCUGUAGGCUCUACUAGUGGAGGUUCUGGAGGUGGAAUCAUUGGGAGUGAAGAUUUGGGGAGUGGAGGCAGUAGCAGUGGAGGCUCUGGCAGUGGAGGCUCUAGCAGUGGAGGAGGCUCUACCAGCAGUGGAGGCUCUAGCAGUGGAGGAGGCUCUACCAGCAGUGGAGGAGGCUCUACCAGCAGUGGAGGCUCUAGCAGUGGCGGCUCUGGCAGUGGUGGCUCUAGCAGUGGUGGCUCUGGCGGUGGAGGCUCUGGCGGUGGUGAUGCUGGAACUAAUAGCGCUGUUAGUGAUAGAUUAGGGGCUACCGGAGGUGGAGAGUCAGGAAGUGGAGGGCCAGCGGCAAAUACACCAGGAGGAAACACGUCGGGAGAGAAUAGCUCUGGAGGUGAUGGCAUUGGCAAGUCAAGCUCCGGGGGGUCUGACGAUAGACCCAAUGCUGCUGACACAAGUAACGCCGGGCUUGCAAAAGGUGACUUAGGCGUUCCCAUAAGCGGGGAUUCUGGCAGCUUCGACAACAAAUUCUUCGGAGACUCUAACAGCGAGUCAAAGCCCGCCUCUCAAAAGACAAGCCCAGGCUUUAAUCAAGAUGAUGAUCAAGUUUCCGCUGGUGGGACUAAUUUGCAAACACCUACAGGCGAGAAAGGAGCCGGCGAUACAGCGCCAUCGACUGGAGAUGCGUCAUUACCAGCCUCUGGUGGAAGCGCCGUUUCGCUUGACAAGCAAGGCAAUCUCUACGUCAACAAGAAGAAGAUUGACACGACUUCUGGAGAGCCAGUCACCCUAGGCGGCGAGACAUUCACGCCUAAUCCUUCAGGCUUUACAGUUGGUGGUCAAACUGUGAGCCCUGGUGGUCCAGCAAUCACACUCCCAGCCCAAUCCACCCCAGGUACAAGCGUGUCCCUGGACAAACAAGGCAAUCUCUACAUCAACAACCGCAAAACCGCCUUACCGCCCCCAGGGCAGGUGAUCACGAUCGCUGGCCAAACUUUCACCCCCAACCCCAACGGCUUCAAGAUCGGCACUCAAGUAAUUACCCCCGGUGGAGCUGCUGCCACUCUUACCAGCAACGACCUUGUCACUGCGCCAUCAAACCCUAACGCCUCUGUAGACCUCUUUAACCCCACUUCCCCGCCUCCGCCUCCGCCUCCUCCUCCUUCCUCUUCUCCUCAGCAAAGCGCCAGCCCGUCACCCACGCCCUUCACGCUCGCAGGCAAGACCUUCACCCCCCUAGUCGGCACGAACGCAGAUGGCGAGCCCUCCGCAGUCAAGUCUGGAAAUGUGACGGUUUCGGCCGGCGGGCCGGCUGUUACGGUCGAUGGGACGAGUGUGAGUUUGGAUGCUAAGGGGACUUUGACGGUGGGUGGGGAGAGCACGGCUGUGAAUGGGGCGAGCGUCACGGAUGGAGGUGGGGGUGGUGGGGGUGGUGGGGUUGGUGGAGAGACUGUGAGCGGGGUGGGAAGGGGAUAUAGUAGGGAGUUUGGGGGGACGGGAGGGUGGAGAGGGGUGAUGUGGGUGGUAGUAGUGGCGGUGGUGGUGAGUUGGGGCUGGGGGUGGGGGUAA